AACACUUUUUCAAUUACUUUGCAGUUUAGUAUUGUAAGAAUGGCAGAAGAUGUUUCGUGCUUAAAGGCACAACUCAUGGAAAAAGAAAAGGAGAUAGUUGAAUUGAAAAACAAACUGACAAAAUUAGAAAAGAGCAGUACACAAAUGCAGAUGCAGGAGAAGGUGGCAACACUUCCACCUCUCAAACCCAAGGUAGCCCUUUCCAAUGAAGAUAUCAUGCGCUACAGCAGACAACUUCUACUACCAGAGCUGGGUGUAAGAGGUCAGCUGAGCCUCUCCCAGACAUCAGUGCUGAUUAUCGGGUGUGGAGGACUAGGCUGCCCCCUGGCACAGUAUCUGGCUGCAGCCGGAAUCGGGCGUGUGGGUCUGCUGGACUUUGAUGAGGUGGAGCUGAGUAACCUGCACAGACAGGUACUCCAUGGAGAGGACAGUCAGGGGCAGGCCAAGGCCCUGUCUGCUGCCCAUGCUGUUAGAAGGUUGAACUCCACAGUAGAAUGCAUUCCCUACCACCUCCAGCUUUCUCCGGAGAAUGCCUUACAGCUUAUUCAACAGUAUGACAUUGUGGCUGACUGUUCAGACAAUGUACCCACCCGAUAUCUGGUGAAUGAUGCCUGUGUCCUCAGUGGCAAGCCCCUAAUAUCCGCCAGUGCCCUGAGAAUGGAGGGCCAGCUGACUGUGUACAACUACCGUGGAGGGCCCUGUUACAGAUGCCUGUACCCCAAGCCUCCACCUCCAGAGACGGUGACCAACUGCUCUGACGGAGGUGUACUAGGAGUUGUGCCAGGGAUCAUGGGAUGCUUCCAAGCUUUGGAAAUCCUGAAGAUCGCCUCAGGUCAGGGCUCUUCUUGUGGCCAACAACUACUGAUGUUUGAUGCUCAGGACGCCAAGUUCCGGUCUAUCCGGCUGCGCCCCAAGCAGGCCAGCUGUGCUGUCUGUGGACAGAACCCCACUGUUACACAUCUAGUGGACUACGAGAAGUUCUGUGGAUCUGCAGCAACGGAUAAGUGUCGAAGACUUAACCUUCUUUCCAAAGACCAAAGGGUUACAGUACAGGAGUAUAAAUCUAUAGCAGACACCAUGGCUGCUCAUCUCCUGUUGGAUGUACGCCCUUUAGUGGAGGUGGAUAUAUGUCACCUACCUACUUCCCUCAACAUUCCUCUCUCCAGUUUAGAGAACAGGAAAAGCGAACAUAUCCAUGCGCUGAAGAAGAGAAUCGGCCAAGUGAAAGAGCAGCUGUCAAGUGAUUCCCAGGUCCCAGUGUAUGUGAUCUGCAAGCUGGGUAAUGACUCUCAGAAGGCAGUUCAGGUCUUGGAGAAGAUGUCAGGCUCUGAAGUGGACUCUGUUACUGUGAAGGACAUCUCUGGAGGUCUGAUGGCCUGGGCCCAGAAGAUAGACCCCUCUUUCCCACAGUAUUGACUUAGUGUGAAAGGUUCUCCAGUUUAGUUUCAUUACUUUGUUAAUAAACAUGUUUAAAAAUGU